CCGCCGCGAUUGGCCAUGUGGGGGGCGGACUCUAGAGUGCCGGGGGCGUUGUCGGAGGCGGCGGCGGCUCCAGCGAUGGCCGAAGACCGGAGGAGGGGGCUCGGCGGUGGGACCCGGGCAAAGCGGGUUCUAUCGCCGCUGCCUCUACCUCUGCUGCUGGGGCUGCUGCUGCUGCUGGACGGCUGCUCGGGGAGGAUCCACCAGCUGGUGCUGACGGGGGAAAAGCGGGCCGACAUCCAGCUGAACAGCUUCGGCUUCUUUACCAAUGGCUCUUUGGAAGUGGAACUCAGCCUCCUUCGUCUCCGUUUGGAAAGCAAGGAAGAACAACCCCAGUUGGUGGGCUUUAGCCUGUCCCGAGCUCGAACUGGCAGCAUUCGAUCCUAUUCUGCCCCAGAACCUCAUACCUGUGCUCUCAAACACAAUGGGAGCAACUUGAUGGCCACUUUCCUCAUUGACUUCAAGGGAAAACGGGUUCAGGUAUACCAAUUUGGGGAGCAAAAGAAACUCCAGAUUUCUCCAGGACUUCUCCAGGAAGGCAUAUCCCUGUCUAGUUCAGGCAAUGGGACUAGUGCAGCCAAGCAGGAUGGGAAAUCAUCAUCACUGUCUUUGAGGAGCCAGGACCCCAGCCAUAAGGAGACGGGGCUGGUCCUGAGCUUGGGCUACAACAACGAUUCCUACAACUUCAGUUUCCACGUGGUGAUUGGCUCCCCAGCUGAGGAAGGACUUUACAAUCUCAACUUUCACAACUGCUACAAUGCCAUCCCUGGUCACGAGAGGCCUUUUGACAUCACGAUAAUGAUCCGAGAGAAGAACCCCGAAGGCUUUCUGUCUGCUACUGAAAUCCCCCUCUUCAAGCUCUACUUGAUCAUGUCGGCCUGUUUUCUGGGGGCUGGAGCCUUAUGGGUUUCUGUUCUCUGCAAACACAAAUACAACGUCUUCAAAAUCCACUGGCUGAUGGCGGCUCUGGCCUUCACCAAGAGCGCAUCUCUCCUCUUUCACAGUAUCAACUACUACUUCAUCAACAGCCAGGGCCGUCCUAUCGAGGGUCUUGCCGUCACUGAUUACAUCACCCACCUGCUGAAAGGAGCCCUCCUUUUCAUCACCAUUGCUCUCAUUGGCUCUGGCUGGGCCUUUGUCAAAUAUGUCCUUUCCGACAAGGAGAAGAAGCUUUUUGGGGUUGUCAUCCCCUUGCAGGUUCUGGCCAACGUGGCCUACAUCAUCAUCGAGUCCACUGAGGAGGGAACCAGCGAUUAUGCCCUGUGGAAGGAGAUUCUGUUCCUGGUCGACCUCAUCUGCUGCGGGGCCAUCCUUUUUCCUGUUGUAUGGUCUAUCCGCCAUCUCCAAGAGGCAUCGGGCACUGAUGGGAAGGGUGAGUCAUGCCCCUUCUGUGCUCCAGAGUUCUUUCCUGUCCCCACUCCCCUGCUUCCUCAUCUCCUUCUGGUCCUUGACAUCCUUCAUUUCUCCCCUCUCUCAGUGGCAGUGAACUUGGCAAAGCUCAAGUUGUUCCGGCAUUACUACGUCAUGACGGUGUGCUACAUCUACUUCAGUCGGAUCGUGGCUGUCCUGCUCCGGGUCAGUGUGCCCUUUCAGUGGCAGUGGCUGUAUGAGCUUCUGGUGGAGGUCUCCACCUUGGUUUUCUUCAUCCUCACUGGCUACAAGUUCCGCCCGGCAUCCAACAAUCCCUACCUGCAGCUGCCCCAGGAGGACGACGAGGAAGAUGUGCAGAUGGACCAAGUGAUGACAGAAUCUGGACUCCGGGAGGGCCUGUCCAAGGUCAACAAAACAGCCACUAGCAGAGAAGCCCUCUGAAACCUCGUGUGUCCUGUCAUGAGGGGGCCCCUCCGGCACCAGGCGUCCACUGUCCACGUUCCGUGGCCUCUACACUCCUCCCCAUUCUCCCUCCCA